AAGCCGCUUUUUCCAGAAGUUUCUUCGCCCGGCUUCUGUCCAGCGCGGCGCCGGCGCACAGUCGCGUCUUUUGGAACAAGUUGUUCUGUGUCGGUCGUUUGCCGUUAACUGACAUUUUCUCUUUGCUUUGGGAUUUUCACCAACACCUCGAGAGCUGUUGUUGUUGCUCGAAGUGACACUGACAGCAGCCGCGGCGGAGAAAGAAACAACUUGACGAAAACACAUGACCGGCUGGAGGUGGCGUCGACACCGGCGAUGUUUUUCAUGAAGUGUUAGCAGAGAAGACCGAGCAUUGUGAUGGGCAAAGACUACUAUAAUGUGCUAGGGAUAGCUAAAGAUGUGUCCGAAGACGAGAUAAAGAAGGCGUACAGAAAGCAGGCUCUGCGCUUCCAUCCGGACAAGAACAAAUCCCCCGGAGCUGAAGACAAAUUCAAAGAGAUCGCUGAAGCUUACGACGUCCUCAGUGAUGCGAAGAAAAGGGAGAUCUACGACCGCUACGGAGAAGAAGGACUGAAGGGCCCGGACAAUGCUGCAGGACACAGCGGACCAAAUUUCAGCUACACCUUCAAUGGAGACCCCCACGCCAUUUUUGCAGAGUUCUUCGGAGGUCGGAGUCCGUUCGAGCACUUCUUCUCCCAAAAUGGAGAGGAGGACAUGGACAUCAACGAUCCCUUUUCUGCGUUCGGCGUUGGGGGGAUCGGCGGCUUUCACAGAUCCUAUAAAUUCCCCCAAGGGAACCUUCACACACAGGGAAAGAAGAAGGACCCGCCGGUGCUCCAUGAGCUGAACCUGAGCCUCGAGGAGGUUUUCUCGGGCUGCACCAAGAAGAUGAAGAUUUCUCGGAAGAGACUGAGUCCCGACGGCUGCACCAUGCGCACCGAAGACAAGAUUUUAACGGUGGAUAUAAAGCGUGGCUGGAAGGAAGGCACCAAAAUAACGUUUCCCAGGGAAGGCGAUCAAACUCCCACCAACAUUCCUGCAGAUGUGGUGUUUGUGGUCAAAGACAAGCCUCAUCCUGUGUUCAAAAGAGAAGGCUCGGAUAUAGUUUAUCCUGCAAAAAUAACCCUCAAAGAGGCGUUAUGUGGCUGCACGAUCAAAGCCCCUACUCUGGAUGGAAGGACCAUCACCGUAACCUCCAAAGACGUCGUCAAACCUGGAAUGAAGAAGCGAAUUGUCGGAGAAGGGCUUCCACUGUCCAAGUGUCCGACCAAGAGAGGGGACAUGAUCCUGGACUUCAGUGUUAGGUUUCCAGAUAAACUGGGCCAGAGCACGCGUGACGCGCUGGAACAGAUUCUCCCAGUGUGACGGACGUUUGCCUCCACCGGGAAAUUCGAUGACAUUUCCAGGGAUGCUGUUGGCAUCGCAACUCUGACCCAGAUCAACAAGGCUCAGGGCAAAUUUUAUCCCCCAAACCGUAGAUGUGAUUUGUGUGAGGGGCGAACGUUUUUAAAAAGUCUUUUUAAGAGGGUCAUCAACUUGCACUGUUGUUUUUGUGUGUCACUGAGGAUUUGGUGCUACUGCAGAUUUUCUUUUUUUUUUUUCUUUUUUGUGGGAGUGCUUUAAGGUAACAUGCAACAAGCGACUUAUCAAAAUACCUCAGGUGCUCGGACGUCUGCUUGAGUGUAGCUGUAGAAGAACAGCCUCAGUUGGAGUGCUUUUUCACUUCAGCCUUUCACUUGUUGUUACCCCUCAAUGUCAGACAGAAAAAAACGGCGCCCAAACGCAUCGCAUUAAUCAAUACAUUCACACAAAUGUCUCCUGAGCGACCUGAAUGAGUAUUUCAACAGUUUUAUUGUGAAAAAAAUUCCUUGCAGCUAAAGCUUAAGUGAGGGACGGGUUCCUCCUGCACACGAGUCCUGUCAGUCACUAUUGUAGAUAUUUUAAAAUGACUGAACUUUUUCCUGAUCCAUACCUGUUUUGGCAGAAAAAAUACAAAUCUAAAGUAGUUUACAUGGAUGUAAAAAUAUUUGGAAAAGUUGUUGUGCCAAACACUAGCCCCCAUGUGAAUGUCAUGUAAUUAAAAUGUGUGAAUGUCUAAAAGUA